AUACCUUCAUUUGAGUUUUGACUGGGGUUAAUAUUAGGCUUAUUUCAAAUUUCAGCAUAAUGAUAACCUGUAGUUUAGCUAAUACACUGGUUUCCUGUCUUUUAUCAUCUCUCAUUGCAUCACUGACUAAAAUGACAAGUUUCGUUUUAAAAUUAUGGCUUAUUAUAAGGCCACUGGAGAACUCAAUUUUCAGGUGAGUUCGAAAUAACUAAAUUAGCACAGCUGUAUGUGAUCGAGAGGUCUUGAGCUCUAUCUAUCUGGGGUGAGCUAAUACGUGAAUUAUAGCAACGAAACUGGAAGUGACUAAAACAAAUAAGAGAUGGAUGUGCUGACUGAUUGAAGAAACAGGAAAUUUAGUAAGUUCAACGAAGAAAUGGGAUCUAUAAUAAUUCAGCCUAGAAGGCGUAAGACCAUGAAAGUGGUUGCAGUUGAGAACUCUGACUUUUCAGCUUCAGCAGGACCUAUGACGAUUUUGACAGUAUAUCUUUUUGACUUAUUGGCGAAAUUAAAGGAAGAGAUUAUGGAGAUCCAUUUUCGAUCAGAUGUUAAAUUCUUGUGUUUCUUGUGACUGCACUUCCACCUCUUCGUAACCAUCCUGAAUAUUGUUCUUUCACUCUUUUAGAUAAAACGCGCAUCGAAUGACGGAUAUGAUUAGUUGCACAACACCUUGUGAACUGUUAAACUCUUUGAACUCUCUGUAAACAGCCCUUUUUGCUGAAUCACUUGAUUUAAUUUCCUACACAUCCGAAUGGACAUUUUACAUAAAUUGGAAAGUUCAGUUGAUAAACCACAGUCGGGGUUGAAGCACCUGUACUCAUUACCUUCAAUGGUUCUCUGAAUAACGUUUUGUGAAAAAAUCCACUUUGAAUAGGAAAGUGAGGCUCAUUGUCUGGAAUACUUAACUUUCAGCCAAUUUUUAUCAUUGUUCCUUUGGUUCCGAGUGAAACAUGGAGCUUUGACAGCACAUCUCCAUUUUAUCUCGUUCUUUGUUCAACUUUCUUUGAGGAUGUUAAUAAUUGACAACGACUCAAACAAAUCAUCUUUCCGUAAAACUGAGGAAAGUUUAUCUGCAACAAAUGAAGAGUCAUCUGUGAUAAACUAUCAUCGGAGAAUACAGAAAAAUUUCAUUGAUAUUUCGAAAUAUGAUAAACGUGUAGGUCGUGUCAUGUCACUGUUGGUAAAUUGUGUAACCAUCUUAGGUGAUUGUGUUCUCUGUCGUGCUCAUUAUAAUUGCAGUAAUCAUCGUUAUAGCUCCACACUUCUUGUAAGUACUCAUUAUUCUCUUGUGUAUAGUGGAUUUAAGUGGAUCGUUCGACUUGAAUCCGGUGUUCACCUCAUAAUGACUAUGGUAUUUUGCGUGUUAGCCAUAGCCAGUGGAUAUCUUGUCGUAAUUUCCACAUACUUCAGAGAAAAGCUGAUUACUGCUUUAAUUACUCUUCUCAUUUACGGAAUAUGUUGCUCUGUUUGUCUGUCCAUUUUCUUUACCGGUGCUACACUUUUGGAUGUUAUUCUGGGUUGGGUUGCAUCUGUUGUCAUAUGUGCAUGUGGAGUAUUUUUAGGAGCAAUGAUAAAGAAAGAUUUGACUGAGAAAUUCGACAUCUUCCUGGUAGUGUGUGUUGUAAUUUUUAUUCUGACGGGCAUCGCCAUGGUGAUACUAAUUGCUGACAAAAUAAUCAGGGUGUCAGUUAUGGUUGGACAAUUGAUCUUCAAAUCUGGUCACUUACAUAUUCGUGAUGAUUGGUCUCUGGGUGUACUGGGCGUGUUCACACUAGUUAUCACAGCGUUUGUAAUAGCAGAGGUGGCCAUCUACUGUUUCAGAAUCAUGACGUAAUUUACGUAACGGAAGAAUUCCUUAAGCAAUUGUGUUUAUUACAGUUAAAUUAGUGAAUGGAUCAAUCACCUAAGGAAUUCAUAACAGCUGGUGUUCUUCAUUUUCUUAUUCUUUAUCAAUAACAUACACUGCAUUGUGGAUCCUUUCUAUGCCUCAACCUAAACAGCCUUAAUAAUCUUCAGGAAUUAUACGAGUACUGCAGUUAUUUAUAUGUUGACGUAUGUUGAGGAUACUGUUGUAAUGUGUAACCGCGAAAAGACGAAUAACCAAUUUAUAAAGAAAACUUAUUCUGUACACCAACACAUCAGGGUAACAACUUGAGAAUAUGUCUUGAGUAUGUUUGUAGUUGAUCUAACAUUAAUAAUAAUGACGAUAAUAAUAAUGAUAGUGAAGUACUAA